CACACACACACACAUGCAUUUAGAUACGGAAAUGUGCUUGAAUAUGGAUGAUUUUCUGAAGUGUGGCCUUAGGCUUUUUUAGAGUUUUCUUCUGUACCCAAUAUGCACACGAACAGAUUAGAAUUGAAUAAUGUUGAAGUACUAAUUGGCCCUUGUUAAGGUCUUCUUGUGCACUCUGUUAUUGUUAAAAUGGGCAUUUUUGUGUAAGUGGAUGAUGUUUUGAUUUGGCCUACUUUUGUAAGCUAUAGUUUUUCUUGUGUGAUAUUUCUGGAUUGCUAUUUGUUUCUUCAUUUUAAGCCUUGUUUUGAAGCUCAUUACUUCUGCUCUUGUUUCUUUCUUGAUCUUCGUCUGGGAGACUCAAAAUUAAUUUAUUGAGAGCUCUCCAAGGAAGUUCCUAGCAGUGACUGAUCCUCUGAUGCAUAUCAAUAUAUGGGGAUGUUCUUACUUUCACAAUGGACAAGGAAGGCAUUCCUCCUGAUCAGCAGAGAUUGAUUUUUGCUGGCAAACAAUUGGAAGAUGGUCGCACUCUUGCAGAUUAUAACAUCCAAAAAGAGUCCACACUUCACCUUGUUUUGAGGCUCAGGGGAGGAACUAUGAUUAAGGUGAAAACUUUGACUGGAAAAGAAAUCGAGAUUGAUAUUGAACCAACCGAUACCAUUGAUCGGAUCAAGGAACGAGUUGAGGAGAAAGAAGGCAUUCCGCCAGUGCAACAAAGGCUCAUUUAUGCUGGCAAACAACUCGGAGAUGACAAAACUGCUCGCGACUACAACAUUGAGGGAGGCUCUGUCCUGCAUCUCGUCCUUGCACUGAGGGGUGGAGGCAGCGCCUGAAUAGUAUAUCCUCGAAAAUUUUACUGUUUCUGCUUCUAUGUCCCAAAUGGUAUGGCAUGAACACAUGAGUCUCUAGUGGUGUGUGGAAGAACAAAAAAACCCUUUGACCUCAUCUAUUUUCCCAGACAUAAUAUCACCUUGAAUUCUCCUUUUUUUUUUUUCUGUUUUUUUUGUUUUUUCGUUUUGUUUUUUUGUUUUUUUUAAUGUUACAUUCCCUCAUGGAGGUUCAUCCGUAUAUAUAUAUAUAUAUAUAUAUGGGUGUGGGAACUUCUUUGCUUUGGAUGCAGGUUUCAGUUGUGAAAAUGGAUUAGGAAUGCGAUCGGACUAAACCCGAACCGGGGAUAAUUAGGGUUUUAUAAAGGUUUGUGGAACUGCUAAACCAUGGGAUUAACAUUAUGAAACCUUUAUAAUCUGGGCCUUUUUUAUUCUUGGAUGUUUGUCCCUA